CUCAGACCAACACGACGACGAGGAGGAGAGAAGCCUAAAAGGAGGAGGAGGAGAGACGACGCUGCAGAGAGAGGCGCCCGGAGGAUGGCGAACCGGCGCUGACACUUUGGGAAUCCGAAAGCACGCGCACACGGAGCUGAGAAGCACACUGUGCUGUCACACUUGGACUCUUCUGGCAAUCUUUUUUGCCUCUUUUUCGUCUGGGAAGUCACAUGGGGAAGGCGCCGAUGGGCAGCCUGGCUGUUUGUGCUGCGGUUCUGGCCGCUCUGUUGGGGAGCGGCUGGGCUGGAGGACACAGGAGAGGCGAGAUGGGCGCUGCUAACAUCCCGCAGACAUCUUUGGAAACGCCAGCCACGGAGAGGGUCGAAGCGGCCGGGAGCAUCGAUCAAUCCGACUCGGAGAGCGGCCCCUGUCGGAGGACGUACUGCGGUCGCGGACGGCAAUGCGUGCUGAUGGCGACGACGGGACGCGCAGAAUGCGUGUGCCAGGAGAAAUGCCGCGCGUCCUUCGUGCCGGUGUGCGGCUCGGACGGACGCUUCUACGAGAACCACUGCGAGGUUUACCGAACGGCCUGCGUGGAGAGGAGGCGCAUCUACGUGGUGCACAGCAAGGACUGCUUCUUCAAAGGUAACGCGUGUACCAUGUCGGAGUACAACCGUCUGAAAAGCUUGCUGCUGGACAUGAAGACCGUCCCGAGAAACCCCGAAACGGAACGGAACCAGCAAAGGGACAUGGAGGCCAGGCGGGCGCUGGUGGACACCAUGUUCAAGUACUUGGACGUCAACCAGGACGGACGACUGGUUGGCGAGGAACUGGAGAAGAUCUCCAUGAAAGAGCACCUGGACGACACCUUGCUGCACUGCACCAUGCAGGACCUGCUGCGCUACGACGACUACAACAACGACGGACACCUCAGCCUGCACGAGUUCUACACCGCCUUCCAGGUGGUCCAGCUAAGCCUGGCAGAGGACCAACGGGUCAGCGUCUCUGCCGUGACGGUGGGCCUGAGCGCCGUGCUCACCUGCGCUAUCCAGGGGACCCUGCGGCCGCCCAUCAUCUGGAAAAGGAACGGCGUGGUUCUCAACUUCCUGGACCUGGAGGACAUCAAUGACUUUGGGGAGGACGGCUCGCUGUACAUCACCAAGGUGACGACCAUUCACAUGGGGAACUACAGUUGCCAUGCCUACGGAUACGAAGACAUCCAACAGACUCAUGUGCUGCAGGUCAACGUCCCGCCGGUGAUCCUGGUGUACCCGGAGACGCAAGCCCAGGAGCCCGGCGUGUCGGCCAGCCUGCACUGCCGCGCCGACGGCAUCCCCGAUCCCAAGCUGGUGUGGCUGAAGAACGGCGUGGAGCUGCAGCCGCGCUCUGCCAAGCAGCUUGCUCUCAAAGCUAACGGCAGCGAGCUGUUCAUCGCCAGCGUCCGCUACGAGGACACGGGCGCCUACACCUGCAUCGCCAAAAACGAGGUGGGCGUGGACGAGGACAUCUCCUCGCUGUUUGUGGAAGAUUCGGCCAAGAAGACGCUUGCAAACAUUCUGUGGCGAGAGGAAGGUCUGAGCGUGGGCAACAUGUUCUACGUGUUUUCCGACGAGGGCAUCACGUUGCUGCAGCCCAGCCAGUGCGAGAUUCGCCGGCAGAUCAAGCGCACGGAGAGGAUCGUCGCUACAUACGAAGAGAUGUGCCCCAAAAGCGAGGGCCCGUCCCCCCAGCGCUGCGUGUGGUCGUCGGCGGUCAACGUGCGCGACAAGUACAUCUACGUGAGCCAGCCCCUCCAGAGCCGCCUGCUGGUGGUGGACAUCCAAGCGCAGCGGGUGGUGCAGGCCGUCGCGACAGAUCCAUUUCCCGUGAAGAUGCACUAUGACAAGUCACACGACCAAGUGUGGGUGCUAACGUGGGGCGACAUGGACCGGACACAACCAACGCUCCAGGUAAUUCCUCAAGCCAGCAUGGGUGAAGUCCAUCACGCCAUCCGAACCUCCUUCCAGCGGGUCAGCGACUUCUUCAUCCCGCCGACCAACCUCAUCAUCACUCACGUGAGGUUCGCCUUCGUCUUCCUCCAAGACGAGCCGGCGGUGCACAAGGUGGACCUGGAGACCUUCCGACGCGUCAAGACCAUCAGCCUGAAGGACUACAGCUGCGUGCCGGCCAGCAUGGCCUACACGCAUCUAAGCGGCGUCUACUUUGUCCAGUGCAGAGGCGGAAAAGCCCAGCUUUUGGUGGACGCCGUGACGGACGCGGUGGUGGGACAAAACCGUGACCUCACCGGCCGGGCUUUCGUGUCACCGGACGGCCGCUACAUCGUGACGCCCGGCAAUGGGGCCGGCGGAGGCGCUGUCCGGUUGACGGUGCAAACCGUCUCCUUCCAGGGGGAGAUGCGCCUCCAACAGGAACCAGAGGACCCCGUCGCCGCCUCAGACCUGGUCUACCAGCCCUCCUUCACCACGUCCAACAGAUACGUGGCGGUGGCCGCCUCGGACUCUACCGCGGACCUGCUCUUCGCCGACCUGUCCUCGGGACACACCGAGGUUCUCCGAGGCCUCAAGGAGCCGCUGGGCCCUCGGAGCUGGCCCUGGGGGGCGCCCUACCGGGUGGUGGUCUCCAGCGGCCCGUUUGGACAGUACCUGUUGACACCGUCAGCCGUGUCCCUCUUCAUUUUGAACGGCAAACAGAGAACGCCGCACUGUGAGGUGUCGGACAUUACGAGGGGCAACACGGUGGUCUGGGUCGGCGAGGUAUGAGUUAAAAAAAAAAAACUAUCAGUAGGACUUCAUUAAAAAGAAGAUGCUCGGUACUUAAUUACAGAGCGAGGAGGAUUAAAUGUGUUGGGAUUUAAUGUGUUUAAAUAAGUAAUUUGGGUGAUAGUCCCGCUGGGAGAAAGUGUCAAUGGUGUUGAGUGUGGCACAUUUGUACGAUUGCACUUCCCUUCCGUGUUAUCACAGCAAGUUAGGUACCCGACCGGGCGGAGUGGGGGGUUACCACACGACGAACUAUGCACAAUGCUCACUUUUUUAGAGUAAAAAAAGCUUUCCGAUUGUUUUUGUGUGCGUGUUGAUUGUCUUCACCAGUGCUAACCACAAACGUCCGUCCGUCUGUCAAUGUCUGCAUUUAGUGUCCCGUGAGUCUUUUUAGACGCUGUAUUAUCUUCCCACAUCACCUGUUUGUGUGUUUUCGGAAACAACGUAGCGACUCUUCCGUUCACAUUGGAAUUGCGGAAUUUUUAAAUUCCACUUAAGGCUGCGAGCAUUUGUUUCCCCUUUAGCUAGGAGAUCUAGCUAGCAAAGUAGCAAGUCCACGUAUUUUUUCGCAUCGAUUUACAAACAAACUGACUUAGCCCAAGUAAAACACUUGAUGGAGCAGUGAAAUCUGUCUUUUAAACAUCUGUGCGGGUUGGAAAAGUACAAAAUAAGCUGGCUCGGGUGGCAGCGCUUAGCGUUGCUAGUUUCGAAGCUGAACUCUUGAACCGCAAAUGAGCUUGGAUUGACUCCAAGUCUAGACAAGAAAGAGAAAUAUCUUUUUUACAAAUGCUCACAGCCUGCUGUUUAUUUUUUCCUUCACUUUAGUGACUUAUCAGUAUGCUAUCGU